AUGUAUCUCCCGGCAGGCCUUGUCCUGAGCCUCGCGCUUCUCACCUCCUCGUCCCCAGCACCAGCCAAUCCCUCUUAUCAAAGCCCACAUACAUCGACCUCCGGUAAAGUUCGCAAUGCAAACCACAUCUUCAACUCCCUGCACUCAUCAAUGCGCCAAUGGGGCUCCGCCUGGAACCACAACGGCAUGUCCUUCUUUCUGGCGAGCGUGCCUGCAGGAACUCAGUUUUAUCAUGGUACCAGAUCGGCGUAUAGAGUAAAUGGGACAGAGUGGUUGGCGUUUGAGCCGGAGCAUGCGCUGAAUUUUGCGAGGGCUGGGCCACCGGGGGGCAGGAGGCCUCCAGGAGGCCCUGAUGGUCCAGGGGGUUUUCCUGGGGAUGGUAGUCCGCCGCCUCCUGCUUUUGAUAUGGCACCCCCUCAAGACUUCUUCGCAGAUGAAAGCGAAGAAGAUCAAUAUGGAUAUCUACACACGUACACCACCGCCAAAGAUCUACGACUGCUAUACAUCGACGGCCUCUCAGCCGGCAAAACGGACAUGGGCACCCUUGACUCCAGCGACAGAAUCUUCCUCCGUGACAACCUCACCUCAGCCACCCUUCCCACCGAAGCAGAAGAUCCAGACAAAAGAAAAGGCCCCGGCGGUCCACCAGGCGAAAUGCAACGCGCCUUACAAGGCUGCUCCAUUGCUCAAAAUGACUGGAAUGAUCGCAUCGACGGCAUAAUAAGAGCUGAAGCAGGGUUUGAGAUCAUUCUAUGCGAUUUUGAGCGUGAUUUGGAUCUUGUAAGGAUCAGUGCUGUGCAUCGUGAGGAGUCGCCUAUAGAGAGGCCUGGUCGUGGAGGAGGACGAGGUGGUGGGUUUGGAGGGAACACGUAUUUCUAUAAGUCGAUUACGUCGCGGUAUGAUGGGAUUGGGGGCGGUAGAGUGAAAGUCAAUUAUGACAAUUUCGUUACGGCUUAUACAUAUGAAGAACUCGAUCUGUUUGCGCAGACAGACGAACCCGGAAUGCCGAGGCUGAAUCACUUCGAGUCCGCAGAACUCGAGCCUGUUCGUGCGGAUUUGACGAGCCUUGUCAUGGACCUCGAUGCCGCUGCAACAGCAAAAGCAUCGUUUGAUUGGCAGGGUGUGGUGGAUAUGAUUGUGCUCAAAUAUUCAAAUUUGCUGGCGUAUCUCGCCUCGGCAGAGGCGGAUUCGUUGCAGGGGUUGCAGUCGAAUGUGACGAGUGUGUUUCUGGCGUUUAUUGAUGAUCAAGAGCGUGACGCGGUCACGGAAUCGGUGCGGUGCGCGGGUCAGUUUAUUCCUGCGUCUGCCAAUGCGUCUACUCUGGCAGGUCGGGUUGUGUAUGAUGUCUCGUAUACGAUCUGCUCUACUCUCCGAUCUGUACUUGAUGACACAGACUACGACGCUGCCAAGUCUCGUAUUCUAGGGCUGAUGGAGUAUCUGGCCUGGACGACGUGGAAGGAAUGCAAGACAAAAUGCGGGUAUAAUGAACGCAUCAAGAACGAUUCACAUUCACGCUCGAAGAAAUUGAAUAAACGAAGCCCUGUGACGGGUUCUGCAGUCACUUUGCCACAAACCCACGAGGAACGGGAAGUACAACUUCGCCUCCAGCGUGCGCCGAGAGAGAUACAGCAUAUAUUUAAGACAAAUUCGGAGAGACUGGGAGAGGGAUAUAGACGCGGUGAUGAACGAGCAAAAACAUCCCUAAAUCGCAUCCUCCUUGUUCUCAACACGGGACUUACGAAAAUCAUCUCGACACUGUUGAGAAAGAAUAAUGGGGUUGAUAAUGAGGAUAUGAUUCGAGAACUGAUGAGCUUGUCGGAACGAUCGGUGAGGGAUUCGGUAACGGAACUCGAGGGGUUUAGGGUGAGAUUGGAGAGUAUGAGUUCGUUGGCGUUGAGUGCUGGGGGACAGUCGUCGGUGGAACAGGGUGGUGCGGUGGUGAGAGGAAGAAGGAGAUAUGCUCCUCAGAUACAGGGAGAGAGCGUAGGAGGGCAGGUGAAUCGACAGAAAGGCAUCGCUGCAAAACAAGCUGGAGGUGCGAGGACGGCGGCACAUAAGCAGAAUGGGAAUAAGACACAGAGCAACGCUUCAGCCACAAAGGCGAAGCGGUCGAAGAAUCCGAAAAGAGUCAAGGACUUGCAAGAAAUCCAUCCGGUUUGGGUUCGCUCAAAGAACUCUUCUACCACCAGCAUUCAUCUCAGACGGAUGAAUGUCCGCCCAAAACCUGCAGAAGGCGAGGACCAAACUAGGUCAAGGUCACAGCCUCCUCGUACUGCACCAUCUGUCCCAACUUCUCCGCCAGCUUUGGAACUGCCAAUAUCAGUACCAGCACGACAUCAACUACCCGCAGUGCAGGCACAAGUUCCUCCUCAUACCAGACCCGAUACUUUGCUCGACAGAAGAAUAUCAAUCCUGUCGCAUAGUUCCGGGAGCACAAAACUAGGAGAGAUUCCUCGGUACAAAUGGAUUAAUGAGUGGGUUCCGCCGGUGGAAGUUGAUGAAGAUAGCGGGGAAGACGAAGGGCAUGAGGCCGGUUAUAAUGAGGAUAGUGGUCGAGCAGGGAUGCGGUUUUGGAGGCGAUUUGGACGGAAUAGGGCGUGA